GCCCCGGCAGCCCGGGACAGCCCCCUUUCCCCGCCCCCGGCCCCCGCCCCGGCCCGGCCGGCCAUGGAUCUGACCAGCAGCUCGGGCGGCGGCGGCGACCCCCGGCAGAUCGAGGAGACCAAGCCGCUGCUGGGGGGCGACGUGCCGGCCCCCGAGGGCACGAAGAUGGGCGCCGUGCCCUGCCGCCGGGCCCUUCUGCUGUGCAACGGGAUGAGGUACAAACUGCUGCAGGAGGGCGACAUCCAGGUCUGUGUCAUCCGGCACCCGCGGACCUUUCUCAGCAAGAUCCUCACCUCGAAAUUCCUGAGGCGCUGGGAGCCGCACCACCUAACGCUGGCCGACAACAGCCUGGCGUCCGCCACGCCAACUGGGUACAUGGAAAACUCGGUCUCCUACAGCGCUAUUGAAGACGUUCAGCUGCUGUCCUGGGAGAAUGCCCCGAAGUACUGUUUACAGCUCACAAUCCCUGGGGGAACAGUCUUACUGCAGGCUGCCAACAGCUACCUGAGAGACCAGUGGUUCCAUUCGCUGCAGUGGAAGAAAAAGAUUUACAAAUAUAAGAAAGUGCUGAGUAACCCAAGCCGUUGGGAAGUUGUCUUGAAGGAGAUCCGAACUCUGGUGGACAUGGCCCUGACAUCCCCCCUGCAGGAUGACUCCAUCAACCAAGCCCCACUGGAAAUCGUCUCAAAACUGCUCUCAGAGAACACAAACUUGACUACCCAGGAGCAUGAGAACAUCAUUGUGGCGAUUGCUCCUUUGCUGGAAAACAACCAUCCACCGCCAGAUCUCUGUGAAUUCUUUUGCAAGCACUGCAGAGAGCGGCCCCGGUCCAUGGUGGUCAUCGAAGUGUUCACGCCCGUGGUCCAGAGAAUCCUCAAGCAUAACAUGGACUUCGGGAAGUGCCCACGACUGAGGCUGUUUACUCAGGAGUACAUCCUUGCCUUGAACGAGCUCAACGCGGGGAUGGAGGUGGUGAAGAAGUUCAUCCAGAGCAUGCACGGCCCCACGGGGCACUGCCCCCACCCCCGGGUCCUACCCAACCUGGUGGCCGUGUGCCUGGCUGCCAUCUACUCCUGCUAUGAAGAGUUCAUCAACAGCCGUGACAACUCCCCCAGCCUGAAGGAGAUCCGGAACGGCUGCCAGCAGCCCUGUGACCGGAAGCCCACCUUACCUCUGCGCCUUCUGCACCCCAGCCCGGACCUGGUGUCUCAGGAAGCCACGCUGUCCGAGGCGCGGCUCAAGUCCGUGGUCGUGGCCUCCAGCGAGAUCCACGUGGAGGUGGAACACACCAGCACUGCCAAGCCGGCACUGACAGCCAGCGCGGGCAAUGACAGCGAGCCCAACCUCAUCGACUGCCUCAUGGUCAGCCCUGCCUGCAGCACCAUGAGCAUCGAACUGGGUCCCCAGGCUGACCGCACGCUCGGCUGCUAUGUGGAAAUCCUCAAGCUGCUGUCGGACUACGAUGACUGGAGACCGUCUCUGGCCAGCUUGCUUCAACCCAUUCCAUUCCCCAAAGAAGCCCUCGCACACGAGAAGUUCACCAAGGAGCUGAAGUACGUGAUUCAGAGGUUUGCCGAAGACCCGCGACAAGAGGUACACUCAUGCCUGCUGAGCGUGCGGGCCGGCAAAGACGGCUGGUUUCAGCUGUACAGCCCCGGAGGGGUGGCCUGUGAUGAUGACGGGGAGCUGUUCGCCAGCAUGGUGCACAUCCUCAUGGGCUCCUGUUACAAGACCAAAAAAUUCCUGCUCUCCCUGGCGGAAAACAAGCUGGGACCCUGCAUGCUCCUGGCGCUGAGGGGGAACCAGACCAUGGUGGAGAUCUUGUGCCUCAUGCUGGAGUACAACAUCAUCGACAACAACGACACCCAGCUGCAGAUCAUCUCAACCCUGGAGAGCACGGGCGUGGGCAAGCGCAUGUACGAGCAGCUGUGCGACCGGCAGCGAGAGCUGAAGGAGCUGCAAAGGAAAGGCGGGCCCACCAGGCUAACACUGCCCUCCAAGUCCACGGAUGCCGACUUGGCUCGUCUGCUGAGCUCCGGCUCUUUCGGAAACCUGGAGAACCUCAGUCUGGCCUUCACCAACGUGACCAGCGCCUGCGCUGAGCACCUCAUCAAACUGCCUUCUCUCAAGCAGCUGAACCUGUGGUCCACUCAGUUUGGAGACGCCGGCCUGCGGCUCCUGUCGGAACACCUCACCAUGCUCCAGGUGCUGAACCUGUGUGAGACGCCUGUGACCGACGCCGGCCUGCUGGCCCUCAGCUCCAUGAAGAGUCUUUGCAGCUUAAACAUGAACAGCACCAAGCUCUCGGCUGACACCUAUGAAGAUCUGAAGGCCAAGCUUCCCAACUUGAAGGAAGUGGACGUCCGCUACACGGAAGCCUGGUGAAGCUCCCGGCUCGGCAGGAAGGAGUUUGCAGCCGCAACACACGACUUUUGACUAAUAGCCGUAGAGCGCCGGUCCUGGGGUCCCACCCCCAGCGUCCCGGCUGUGAGAUAGAUGGGGGAGUCUUUCUGGGGGCAGAGGGCGGAGGGGGGA